UCAUGGAAGCUCGUGAUAGCGGCAAAUGGCCGCCGUUGGCCGCCGUGUUGUUUCAGUGUGACAACUCGUUACGCGCAUGACGUUCGGCCACGGGUACGCGUAGGCGCACACGGCGUGCACAAGUGCCGCGUACGUGCGUGUCGUGUCGUCCUCGAGAUCGCCGUCGGCCGGCCAGCUCGUCGUCGCCGUCGCUCCCGUGUCCUCGCCGUCGUCCUCAUCGAGCUGGUGUGCGGUAGCAGCGAUGUGAGCCUCGGCGACCGCCAACGCUUCCACAUAAGCCGAGCGUGGACUUUCGCGGGGCUGGCGGUGGCUGGCGAUGAACGCCGCGGAUCGCGGCAUCACGGUGAUGAAAUCAGUGUCCGAGGGUGAGCUGGAGGAAAAGGUGAAAUUCGUCGAGUCGUCGCGCGGCCCGUCAUCGCGGCUGAAGCGUACUUUUACACUGCCGAGAAACCCGUUUCAAAGUGCCAGCAGCAGGAUGUCGCGACGACGGCCGAAGCAGCAGCAGCAGACCCGCGGCGACACCAAGGCGGACGUCGGCGCGCCGUCCGGCAAAGAGAACACGAGAAGUAACGGCGGCGGGCAGCAGCAGCAGCAACGGCCGAACGCGACGGCUCGGCUGUACGGCGGGCAGGACUGCCAGGAACGGCCGUGCGGCAAGAAGGUCUUCCGCCGGCCCUCCUGGAAGAAGUUCAUCAACAAGAUGGUGCGGCACAUGUCGAGCAUGGGCGCGCAGAGCUACAAGGCCACGUCGCACCACCAGCGCGGCGACGACCUCGGUUCGAGCGCGGGCGACAUCAGGGUGCCGCCGCCGCGGCCGGCCCACAUACCGGCCGACCGGGUACCGGGUGUCAUAGGCCUGCGCAACCACGGCAACACGUGCUUCAUGAACGCCGUGCUGCAGUGCCUGUCGCACACCGACAUCCUCGCCGAGUACUUCGUGCUGGAUCAGUACAAGGUCGACCUGUCGCGCCGCAACAAGAUCAACUCGAAGAAGUACGGCACCAAGGGCGAGAUCACCGAGCAGCUGGCGCUGCUGCUCAAGGCGAUCUGGAGCUGCCAGUACGAUCCGGAGAUGAGCACCGCGUUCAAGAGCGUCGUGGACAAGUACGGCAGCCAGUACCGGGGCAAUCUCCAGCACGACGCUCAGGAAUUCCUGCUCUGGCUGCUCGACAAGGUGCACGAGGACCUAAAUCAGGCGACCAAGAAGAAGUACAAGAUCAUUAAGAACUCGUUCGGCAGACCGGAUGACAUUGUCGCUGCCGAGACUCUGGCGAAUCAUGUUCGCUGCAACAACUCCUUCGUACACGCCGUAUUUCAAGCACAAUUCCGGUCCAGCCUGACCUGUCCGAGAUGUCACCGGCAAUCGAACACCUUCGACCCCUUCCUAUGCGUGUCGGUGCCAGUCCCGCAGAAUCAUCGCCAAAUGAAUUUCUUCGUCAACGUGCUCUAUACAUCCCAACAACCGCGGCAAGUUAAGAUCGGCGUGAGCGUGAAUCAAGCGGCCAACGUGAGAGAGCUCAGAGAAAUCCUGGCCAGCGACACCGGCGUAGACGAGAACCAUAUGCUGCUGACCGAGAUCCAUGACGAAGGAUUUCACAGAACCUUCUCCGACUGUCAACCCCUGUCCGCGAUCAUGGAAAACGACCCGCUGUAUUGCAUCGAGCUGCCGCAGCUGAAGGAACCUACAGAACAAGCGUACAUCUUGCUGGUGUGGAUCAACGUCCUCGUGAAGGGGGACCUGAGACAACGAUUCGGCAGCCCGUACACCAUGCAGGUGUCGCGCGAGACAUCGUACGAGGAUCUGCAGAAGCUGUUGCUGAAGGAGAUGCACAGCACGCUGGCGGACGACGUUCUCACGACUAGCCAGAGCCCGGGCCUCUUCAAUAUCCGCGUGGCCGACCCAGCCGCGACGCCGAUCCAGGACGAACACCCUUGCAUCGACCCGUGCGUGGAACACCCGCUUUACACGGAGCAAAUCGAGCAAGCGUUGGCGCUCUGCGCCGACGACUCCGGUCCGCAACACGUGAAGCUCAUCCUCGAGUGGGACGAGGCGACGAAACGCAACAUCAUACAGGACGACAGCGACCAGAUCGAGGAGCACGCCAGCGUGAAGCAGUUGAAGACGAAUUCCGAGCUGGGCGGCGCGGUGACUCUGGAGGAAUGCUUCGAUCUGUACACGAGGGCGGAGAUAUUGGGCGCGGAGGACGCGUGGCAUUGUCCCUACUGCAACAAGAAGCAAGAGGUUGUGAAGAAGCUGGGCCUCUGGUCGCUGCCCGAUAUACUAGUCAUACACCUGAAGCGAUUCCGUCAGCAGUCCAAGCAGCGCUCGACGUCCAAGCUUACCAUGUUGGUGGACUUUCCCCUUUACGGCUUCGACAUGACGCCGCAUCUCGCCCACAGCGGUGUUCAGGCGACGCACAACAACGUGGCCAGCCUCGGCGGCCUCGGCUGGUCGCCGUGGAAGAAACCACGGCCCCGGCAGCACAACAUCCCCAAGUACGACGAGAACGUCUAUGACCUUUACGCGAUAUGCAACCAUCACGGACAGGAUCUCCAGGGCGGGCAUUACACGGCGUUCUGCAGGAAUCCGUACGACACGCAGUGGUAUUGUUUCGACGACACGCGCGUGGAAGCGGUGAACGACACCAAUCUCAUCACGAACUCGGCGUACAUGCUGUUCUACCAGCGCAGAGGCUUGACCCACAACUCCACCGGGAACUCGUCCGCCGCGUCCACGAGUUCGGCCGGCUCGGGUUUGGAUCAUUGGGUGUCGAAGAUGCCGCCGUUUCACUUCAACAACAAGAGCACCGCCAACGUGACGAACAACAAGCAGAGCAAGUCGCAAGAGGUGCUGUGCCAGGAGAAGAUCGUCGAGGAGAAGAACAUGACCAAUUUUACCAGGGGUUGUCGUAAUUACGCGACUUUGCAGCCAAAGAAGAGGAACGCGGCGACGGAAACCGACAUCGGCCAGAUCGAUCAUUACUCUGACGAUGAAGCGCCCUGCAGAAGGGAAUGGGCCUCUCCGAAACCUGUACGGAAAACAUCGUCCAUCACGUUGACACCGCAUAUACCGCCAGCCAUAAUCCAAAAUGCCAGCAGCGAUCCAAAUACAACAGUAAUACACGAGUCCACGUUGUAACACACAAUUUAAGCCAGACCGAGAGAGGUCUGGCUCGAGCGAUGCUCAAUGCACAGUGCCUGGUGAUGUGCCGUGAAUGUGGGUUUUCGAAUAACAUCGAGUGCGGCGAGAUGCGAGAGAAAAGAACGGACAAUUCUGGUAGAGCGUCGCGUGUCCGUUAUUUUUCCCGGAUUGCUGGACGAUUUCACCCUUAGAGUGCGACAAAUCUCGUUCUUUCACUUCGAAUUUAUAUAGAAAAUGCUUUUUUGUACGAAGAACGACACGAACAGAUAGAUUUUCCCGGCAGCUUGCUUCCCCUUGCGAGUGUGUCCACUAAGGGAGGAGCAUGACAUAAAUCUGUACGGAUCAUUUUUCGAGAAACGGUAGAAAUGACGAGGCAUUAUUAAUUUUUGUAAUUGUAAUACCGUGUUUGUAUACAGCUCGCGUGGAUUGUAUUAUAUAUAUAUAUAUAUAUAUAUAUAUAUGUAUGUAUGUAUAUAUAUAUGAUAGCUGCUAAAAAGUAGCUUUUUAAAAAAAAAAGACAAAUCUUAUAUACGAUAAGUAAAAUCGCGAAUCGCGUGAAAUGAAGGGGAAGACCUCUAGUGUUUAUAUAAUUAGAUCAUCGACGCGCAAUAGGCCAUUAAAUUCUACCUAUGUCCAGAGGAAAAAGUAAACAAUUGUGAAGCAGUUUCGUGCAAUUAUGAUAAUACGCCUCUAUAAUGUGAUUAUUUCGACAUAAGUAUUGUUCGCAUUGUGUCACCUUACAAUGAAAGUAUAUGACAAUAACAAUUGUACGUUACAGUCCUGCAUUAAUAUACAACACUUGUUUCUCCGUAAAUCGAUCGUUUCUGGACAUACCGUGUAGUUAUUCUGACCAUGCUUUGAAUCUGUGCUUAACUGUAAUAUUUAUAUUAUACUUGUAUUAUCCACUA